CAGCGUCUGGUAGCGGUGGCAGAGUACGUGACGGAGUUUGAUCGUGGUGGCAGGGUAGGUGACAGGGUUUGGCAGCGUUCACCAGGAGCUACAGGAGAGGUGACAGGGUUUGAUGGGGUGGCAGGAUGCCUUCAGUGUUUGACAAAGAACCUUUCCAGAUAUGCUGCAGAUAUUAAGUCAUUGCCACCCAACAUAAAGGAUAAACUGAUUAAAUUAAUGAGUAGGCAAGGGCAAAUUACUGAUUCAAAUAUCAGUGAGAUAUUGCACCCUGCUGUAGAGUCUCUAGAUCUCCGAGACUGUGAUAUUUCGGAUAAUGCAUUAUUGCAGCUUUAUAACUGCAAGCAACUGAAAAAGAUCAACUUAAAUUCUUGCAGAGAAAACAGACUUGGAAUCACUUCAGAAGGUGUCAUAGCACUGGCCUUAUCCUGUCCUUACUUGCGUGAAGCGUCUUUUAAAAGGUGCUGUGAUAUAACUGACAGUGGAAUUCUUGCUCUUGCGCUCAACUGCCAGUUCCUACAAAUUGUGAACUUGGGCAGCUGUUCAGGCAUCAUGGAUGCAUCUCUUCAGGCACUAGGACAAAACUGCAAAUUUCUUCACAGUGUAGACUUUUCAUCUACUCAGGUGACAGAUGAUGGCGUUGUAGCACUAGUGAGUGGAACAUGUUCAAAGAAUUUAAAGGAGAUCCAUAUGGAACGCUGUGUGAAUCUGACAGAUGUUGCUGUGGAAGCAGUCCUCACUUGUUGUCCAAAGAUACACAUUUUUCUGUUCCAUGGAUGCCCACUGAUCACAGAUCGUUCCCGAGAUGUUUUAGAGCAGCUAAUCAUAUCAAACAAAAUCAAGCAAGUAACAUGGACUGUUUACUGAUUAUUUAUUGUGUACGUACAAGUGUAAAGUUUACAGAUGGGAGAGUUCUUUCGGAAAACAAGCACCUUGGAGAAAUAGCUGGUGACUUCUGUAGCACCAGAUUACUUCCCGCCUUGUUCCCACCAGAGGUCUCCAUCGCCAUUCCAGUCCUUGCCUGUGAGUCUGGGCUUCCCCACUGUCUCUGCUUAGAGCCCUGUCUUCGCAUGGCUGAUCAUACUUCAUUAAGAGGAAAGUUAAACUAUAAUUAAUAUUGCACUGUCAUCGCUCAGCCUCCUUGAAGUAUCAGAUUUGGCUACUAUUUAGCAUCUUUUAGCAUCUUGGCUACAUAUACAAACCCAAUUUAAGUCUGUGUUCUGAUUUGUAGUCUGAGAGGAUAGCUGCAACUAAAAGUACCAAGCCUAAACAUAGUAUUUAACACAUCCAGAAAUGUUUGUAAAGUUGGGACUUCAAUCUGACAAGUCAGCAGACAACUGACAAAUGGAGUGGCAUUAACGGCAAGGCAAAUGUAUUUUAAGUCGUAAGAGACAAUCUCCUUUCACCAUGUGCUUUUGCUAGGUCUGGAUGAAAAACUGCAGGUACCUUUCUUUCAGUGUUACUGAUGCUGCAGGUUUCUGGUUUUAUUUACCAUCAAAUAUUUGCUGGAUUUUUACACAUCCGAAACUACAGUGUGAACAUAAACUUGAUUUGAAAUUGUUGUGGUGACUUAAAAAAUUUCAGAAUAGUAGUAAUGACCAAUAAAAGAAUCUUAUAUAUGGACAAAUACUUACUUGCCCUGGCUUUUGCCUGUGUUCCUGCAUGAAAAUACCUUUAGGGAACAGAACAUUGGUCCUCAUAAGCAUAGCUGUGAGUGAAAUAGGACCAAAUUUACUGUCUGAGUAUAUAAAUCUCAGGAUGGUAGAGUUAGCAGAAUGUUGUGCUAUAUGCAGUUUAUUACAUCUCCAGUGGCCCCCAGAAGCUGAAAAUAACAACCAUUUAUAUAUUGUUUAACUGUAGUCAUAUUAAAGAAAAAAAGAUUAGAACUGUAGAAUGAGUUUAUUACAUGAUGGAACAGUGGUCACAUAAUUACAAGUCAUGUUCGUUGGCUUUCUCGAAACAGUAUAACUUCUUGUGACACUUCUAUGACUUCUACAUUAAACUUUUAAAAAUACUAGUAAUUUUUGCAUUAUAUAGGGCAGGUAUCACACUGUGUUGUGACUCUGCAUCUGAAAGUAGCAGGGUUUAUCUAGGGUGGUCUUAAAUGUAUCUGGUGACAUGUAAAACCUCAUAAGUUUGGGCGACCGUAAGGACUAUGUUUACUUUACAAUUUAACACUUGUCAUAGCCACACUCAUUUUAAGUGUUGCAGAAAUAAACCAGUCUUCUAUGAAUCUAUUUGAAGUUCAGGUCAAAUUGCAUGGAAGAGAAUAUAAUACAUGUUGCAUUCAGUAAUAUUAAAGGAUAUUAUGAUGUCUGACAGUCAUCUCUCUUCUUUUGUUGAUAUAUAGGUUUGUGGAAGAGCAAGUACAUUUAGAAAACUUGGUCAAGUGUAACUGAAAGCAUAAUUUUCAAACGCCAGUCCCUAAAUCCCUAACUCUUAUUACAUGCAGUACUGUUGCUCAGCCCAGUGAUGUGUUCCUGGUACCUAUAGCUACACCAGUACAAACCAUUCCAGCAAAUAGAAGUUGAUUUUGCUACAUUAAGCAACUAGCAUCUGAAGGCUGUAAUUGCAGCAAAUCCUUGGACCAGAAAGAGGCCUAAGAACCUAAUCUACCAUGGUUUAUUCCCUUUUUUGGUUAAAGAGUAGUUUACUGUUUUGCUCUGUGGAAUCCCUGGUAUCAGUCAGGGCCCAUCAUGCCUUUCAGCUUUUGGACAUGACUUGGCAAUAAACUUGUUUUGUGCUAUUUUUGAUAUUGAUCCAUCUAGCUGAUUAGGUGGCAGCAGUGACACCUCAGUAAUCAUGUCAAAUAAAUAAAGCAUAAGGGUCAGGCUGCCAGCCCUGGUUUCAGGAAGGGUGCUGGAAGACAGUAAAUAGAAUUGUAAGCUAACUCAAGUGAGAGGGGCCUUGGGAGGUUUCUAUUCUAACUUCCUGCCCAAAGUGGGGCCAGCUCAGAGCUCAGACCAGCUUAGUCAGAGCUUUAUCCAGCCAAGUCUUG